AUGUCUAUGGGUCGCUGGCGUGUUGGACAGGGCCCCACCCUGUCCGCGGACCGUUCUUCGACGGUGUUUCUUUUUCAUGACCGCUACUGUAAUUCUCUUUUUUACCACCGCAUGUAUGGAAUCUUAUUCUGCCCAGCUGGUGCUGACGCCGAUGAUAAUGCCCACAACGUCCAUUGCCCCAUCUCUCCCAAUCGCAUCGACCAAUUUCUGCCCGGUCGUCGCCUACCGAUGGAAUCUGGCAAUUAUUUCAUCAACGAUAAUUAA